GUAAAAUGGCGGGCUAAACAAAGGCUAAAUGCACUCGAUCUCUAAUCGAGUAGUUUUUUAAAAAAGUAUUAUGUACAAGAAAACACAAUGGCAGAAAGCGCACUGUCAUCGUUGAAGAUCUGUGAUCGGUCAGGGGCGGAACAUACCGCAUUUAGCUCCAAUAUGCUUUAUAUCUUGAGGUGGAAUUCCUCAAUCUAAAUUACUAAAUUUAGCCGGCUAACAGAGCUGAUUUACGUAGCAAGAUUGUGUAGCCAAGCGCAAAGUGUUUUUAAACUAUUUUGUUUGUAAUUGUGAGGUUAGGCAGGUAUAGCAGAAGGGUAACCAUGGCGCUAUCAAUGGUUAUUUGCCAUCGGAUGUCAGAAAUAUCAGAAGCUGCUGAAAGAAACUCCAGUGUGUAAAAAAACUUUACGUCGCUCGUUAACUGGAUAGUAUUGGUGGUGACAUUAGCUAGCAAGCAGGUGUACUCGUCUCGUCUAGGCAGUUUAUAUAUCUUGCUACCAGGCAAAGGUAUUUGACCUCAUGGCUUGUAGUUCUGAGUCGAGUGGGAAACUGUCCUCGGAUGUCGGUACGGCAGCAAUAAUGGCACCUUCACCGGCAGCGGUGGAGCAGACCAUGACGCCGGUGUUGUUCGAGAUAUUUGGAGAGAUGUGGAAUGUGCAGGCUCUGCUAGGUCAGGGUGUGUCAGCCUCUGUUUACCGCGUGAGCUCUGGUCGAUCGAGCACAGCUGCUGUCAAGGAGUUCCAGGCGGACGCACAGGGUGGGGAUUACGGGUACCACAAAGAAAGAUCCGUGCUUGAAGACAUUCAGGGACAUAAGAAUAUAGUGACCCUGUAUGGGGUGUUCACCAAUCACAGCGCGGUGGGCGUGCCCACACGCUGCCUGCUGCUGGAGCUGCUGGACGUGAGCGUGUCUGAGCUGCUACUGCGUGCCUCCAACCAGGGUCACUCCAUGUGGCUCAUCCAGCACUGCGCCCGCAACAUGCUCGAGGCCCUGGCGUUCCUGCACCGCGAGGGCUAUGUGCAUGCCGAUCUCAAGCCCCGCAACGUGCUCUGGAGUGCCGAGGAUGAGUGCUUCAAGCUCAUCGACUUUGGGCUCAGCUACAAAGAGGGACAUCAGGAUGUGAAGUACGUCCAGACGGAUGGUUACCGGGCCCCUGAGGCGGAGCAGCAGAACACUCUGGCCCAGGCCGGGCUGGAGGGUGACAGUGGGUGCACGGCCGCCAUCGACCUGUGGAGCCUGGGGAUCAUCCUCCUGGAGCUGUACUCGGGCAUCAAGCUGAAGGAGACGGUCCGAUCUCAGGAAUGGAAGGAUAACAACGCUGCAAUAGUCGAUCAUAUCUUCACCAGUAAUAGUAUGGUCUACCCUGCCAUCCCAGUAUAUCAUCUCAGAGAUCUUAUUAAGAGCAUGCUCCACACUGACCCAAAACUCCGAAGCACAGCUGAGGCUGCCCUCAUCAGCCCCUUCUUCAGCAUUCCCUUUGCUCCUCACAUAGAGGAUUUGGUUCUGCUGCCCACUCCUGUCCUGAGGCUUCUCAAUGUGAUUGAUGACAGUCACCUGUACAACGAGGACGAGUAUGAAGACAUUAUAGAGGACAUGAAAGAGGAAUGCCAGAAGUAUGGGUCUGUUGUCUCACUGUUAAUUCCAAAAGAAAACCCAGGCAAAGGCCAGGUGUUUGUCGAGUAUGCAAAUGCUGGAGACUCCAAAGAGGCCCAGAGGCUGCUGACGGGCAGGACGUUCGACGGCAAGUUUGUGGUGGCCACUUUCUACCCUCUGAGUGCCUACAAGAGAGGCUAUCUGUACCAGACCGUCCAAUAAGGUCACCGACACCAUCACGCCAGGUCUCUCCCCAGAAUAAUCAUAAUGUCAUGGCCCAGAUGUACUAGUACAGCCAAAUCCAUAACACUCCUUAAAUGCUGAUUACACUGGGGAGUGUCCAAACCGGCACUGUCCAACAAUGUGAAGUGAAACAACAGUGGCUUAUAAUUAUAUUCGUGGUUCACAAAUCUGCAUACUCAUUGUUAACAUAGUGUGGUUUAUACGUCGUGGUUUAUACGUCAUGGUUUUACUAAACAUACCAUGAGCAGGAAGUGCUUACAAAUAAUAUUAACCUACAUUUGUGUGUAGAGAGAAUAGGAAAAAGGCCUACAUUAUCUUGUUGUGGGUGUAUAGACUAUGCAUACUGGUUGAGAGAGCUUGCUUAGAUCAUUUUUGGUUUAAAACCACUAAAAAUCUCGUCUUCACACUGGAUGGCCCAGAAAUAUGUAGGUUUAAGUAUGCCAUGCGUAUCUUACUGGCCCUGUAUUUAGGCUGGUCUAAGUGAAGCAUAGGCCUGCUUUGCACUGUGUUUUGCCAGUGGCCUUUGUCUGUGUGGCGAUCAAACUUACAUGUAGGCCACAAUGGACAAGAUUGCCAAUGUUAUUGUAUUCAGUACCAAGAGCACAAACACUGAUAAUCACAGCCUGGAGUCUGGAGGAAAUAACUAUUUGUCAUGUUAGGCUGAAUCGUUCAGGAAAAGUGUGGCAGGUCAUGAGGGAGUUUCAUAUAUAAAAAGCCACAACAGAUAUGUCUAGAAAUCCAAACAGGAAAUAUUAUGUUACCAAAUAAUUCCCAUCAUUUUGAAAGACAAAAAAGGAUUCCAAAGGUACCAUUUCAAAACUGACCAAAUUCAGUAAUAUUAUUUUCCCCUAAAUGCUUUCUGUUACACAAACUAUGCCAUCAUUGUUACUUUAUGGUACAUAAUUUUGUUCUUUUGUACUCUAUCUGAUGAACCCAAUAUAUUCCUUUCUUGAAAAGAGGGAGUAUUCAAUUUGUUUCCCAUCUAUCAUUUCAUUCUUGCUCAGCUUUUUGAGAUGACUGUGAAAUGUUACCUCAGUGUUCUAUGAUUCUGGAUAAUUCUCUCAUUUGCCUGUAUUCAGCAAUGAGUGAUUUUUUUUUUCCUUUCCUAAAUCAAAUUAUCAGUAAUGAUGUGAUUAGUUAAAAAAAUAAACUACUAGAAAACUAAAAAAUCACUAGUUUGAGGUACACUUUAUCAGGCGUACACAGACGAAAACAAAGGGCUUGGUAGCGUUUUGCAUUUAGGUGAAGGCCAGAACAUGUUUUCUUUGACCAGAUACCUUAGUUGUUGUUUCUGAUGACUAACUGCUUUCAGUUGUGUUAAAACAUUUUCAGGGUUGAUGUUGUUAAUUUUGUGCAUACACAUGUGUAUUGAAGUGCUAUUAGGUAGUGACAUGUGUUGUGUUUAUUUUCACAGUCUGAAAAGCAUUAAGGCUGCAUGACACAGGCUGCAGGCUUGCCUUGAUUGAACCAGAGAACACAGAGCUUUGUUGAACUGGUGUGUGUGUUUGUGCAUGUUUUACAGAUGUCAACUCGACUUGUGGGUCAGUCUAAACAUCUGUAUGCCUCAAAACGUAGCCAUUAUCAGAAUUGAAGAAACAUGCUUGGAACAUCAAAUAGGUUGUUAGUUGAUUUUGAUGCCUUGUGGUGACACUAGGCCUGUGAUGAUUGUGCACAAACAGUGUGUAGCCAUGGGGCUGGGUGAUAUGGAGGGGAAUAAUCUAGCCUGUCUCUCUCUCAGUUACUCAUGCUCUGCACUGACUCGGUAGUGGCCACUCUGGAGCUGAAGUGCCCUUGGCCUUUUCUGCGUGUGCUCUAGUGUGUCUGUGGUGUUCAGUGUGUUCUCAUCGUAUUCAAAGGUAGCGGAUUUCUAAUUAUGCAUUAUUGGAGAACAGACUGAGAGUGUUGUUGUUUGCUUGAAGAGCUACUGAUCAAAGCACAUCUUCAUAAGCAAACCGAUUAGCGCUCGUUGCGUAAGGGUCUACACUAUUAUAAUGUUGCUGUGUUCAUCAGUGGAAUAUUUGGUUCAAUCCCAGGGUACUUUAUGAACAUCUAGUUUAGCUACACUACCAGUCAACAUAGACACUGGUUGAUAUAACACACUGUUGCGAGUUGCAAUGCAAGGUUGAUCUGGGUCUAGUGUAGUAUUAAAAGUUAGUAUUUUCAUUGCGUUAAGUAUAUAGGCUUAUGGAAAUGUAAUACUUGUAUGAGGCUAUAUAGCCAAACCAUGUAGGUGUGGGAAUCUCAGAUGUGCAGUGUUGUCUUUACCUCUGAUAGCGAGUGUGACCGGAGAGUUCACAAAGUUAUAUUAACAGAAUAAGACAAGAUAGACCGGAAGAUGUUGUUUAGCAAAGCUUUCACAUUCUUUUGCUGAAUGCAUGCGACAGUUGUGAGAUUUUGUUGUAUUCAAUUCUUCUAAGUAGUAGGCGUCACUCCUUGAUCCUUAGAAGAAAUGUUUACUCAAAUAUAUUGAUAUGUCUUUUUGGAGAACAGUCCCCUGGAAGCCCAAAGAAGACUAUUAUACCCCCCCCCCCUGUAUUUUCCUGCCUUAUCAUCCCUGUGAAACUUUGGGGAACAGAAGCAUCAAAGCAUCUCAUGCGGCAGUAUAGUAUAUUAUUUCACCGUGGAGUUCACAGUGAACUCUAGUUCCCCGUCUUUGUUUUCAGAUCACAGAAGUGCUCAACAAAAACUAACACUGACAGCUGUCGCCGCAGAAUAACAAUCAGGGAUUUAAGUUGUGCUUUGUUUACAUCCAUUCUUUAUUACUGCACUGACUUCCUAAUGGGAACCUAGACUUUGAAUGCAGGCUAGAAUUAAGGCGAAGAGGUGUGCACCUUCUGAAGAAAUGUCGUCCCGCAUUAUCAUUAACUAGGCUGCAUAAGGUGGCCCGCGUCUUUGUUUGGUGUACUUUCAGCCGGAACAAGCGAUGCAAAAAAACCCUGGCGUGAACCAGGAACUACAAGGGCAGGGCAAAGUGUGUUCGGUGGAAAGAAUGCAAUGGCGGUUCACACCAAAGUUGCCAAACCUGCUCUUCUGUGUUCUGCAAUGCUGUGCUGCAGCACUGCUUCGCUAUGCUAUCUGGACAAUCAGCCAUGACGGGUGGAUCCACACUGAAUAUAAUUAGAAUGGAGUGUGUGAGUGGGAGGGAAAAGAGAGGCAUAAUAUUUGCUUCCUUGAAUGACAUGUGACUUGUUGGCAUGGCAUUUACGGUGUGUUCGUGUGAUGGCUAUGGAAUCUUUUUGCAACCAAGAAAUUCAGUGACCUACACCUUUGGACAAGGGCGCCCCCUGUAUGUCAUGGCAUGAACAGGUCCAUUGGAUAGAUUGGACAGAAGUCCCUCCUUUGAGUCAACUAAUCCUGUGAAGUGGGUGAAAGAUGGUCCACUAGACUAAACUGCACAUACCAUUAAAACAAACUGUGAAUUGAUAUAGAAACACCCACUGUAACAGUGAGCUGCUAUUUAAAAUGGGCAAUAAUAAACACUUGUAUGCCUGUCAUUAACACCACAUAGCUCUGCCACACUGUGCCCGCAGCCCUCCCAAGGCAGUACACUGGUAGCCGGAGAGAGAGAAUUUGAAUCUGAUUUCCUCCUCAGAUUUCUUCCGAACCCCCACUGCUUAUGUCAGUCUGAUUUUUAUGCCUUGCCCUGAGGCAUCUCGGACGUCUCUCUCUAUCCGCAUAUUUCCUCAAGGUUGAAGAAGCACAAAACUCUGCUCUUUAGUCUUACACAGCACUGAAGCCCAGACCAUCUCAGCCCAGCUUGGGGCCCUGGGCUAGCUGGCAUUGAUGGACUCUUUUCUUCUGAACUCUUUCUCUCUCUCUCUCUCUCUCUCUCUCUCUCUCUCUCUCUCUCUCUGUAUAUAUAUAUACUGUAUAUCUGUCUCCCUCCCUUCCUGGGCUGUGUUUCUUCAGCACUGCCCAGUGGAAUCUCCUUGAUGAUAAACCCACUGCCUUCACUUAGUGCCAAGAUCUCAAUUGGCCUGUGUCCCAAGCUAAGAUGCCCUGGCUAACCCCCUUGGAUCCAGCCCCUGGGGCAGUUGGCUCUGAUCGCUGUGCAGCGUUCCUUCCUUCCCAGUUACCUGUCAUGGUAUUAUUUAUGGCAAGCCCACGGGUGAGUGUGGGUCCUGGAGCUAUUGUUUGAUGUGAAGCAGGCCUGUAACCUUUGGACGCGGGCCUUUUGAAGUGGCGACU